AUGGCAGUGAGAAAUACCGCCUCCUCGGGACCAGUACUCGCGGCGUUUCCAGUUUUGGGCUUGGAUGGUGGUACUUGGUCUUUGCUUUCGUUAAGCUUCAGCGUUUUUCGUGAAAGUCAAUCGCCUGCACUCUUUGGGAAGAAGUGCUAUGUAUUGCCUCUUUCUUGCUCAUUGGGAUCAUUCCUGUCGUGUAAUUGAAAAACUGGAGAAAAAACUAACAGCGACGAGGGAAAGGCCAGAAAGGGAAUGGCGAAGACCUCAAUUUCCAUAUUCUAGGUCACCUUAAGGCCAGAAAGGGAAUGGCGAAGACCUCAGUUUCCAUAGUCUAUGGGUGUGACAGAUUUCUUGUUUCAGGCUUGGGUCUCGAUGCCCUUUCCUCAUUCUUCUCGCGCUGUACUGUUUCCUUGCUUGUUGAGUUUCUAUUCAUCGGUCUGCCCUUGGUGUGUAAAGAUGGUGCGUGCUACUUUCAUUUUUUCGCGUUGUCUACAGUAGAAAGCUUACGCCGUUGGCCUUUUUGCUAUCCUUGUCGCAUAUUUUUGGCUCCCUAGCCUUAUGACCUAUGUAUGUUCCAGGGCUCAGAGCGGGAGGCCCCCCCCCCGAUCUAAGUUCUCGAGGGGGGGGGCCUCCCCGCCCCGGCCCCUCUUUUCGAGGGGCUGCCGGGCGGGAAGGCCUCAAAGCGCCCACUUCUGACCCCUUCCCGCUUCUUGCAUGUACCCUACAGACCUGGAAAAGGCAAAGGGGGCAAAGGCAGGGCCUCGCUGCCUUGUUGCCUGUACCCAUACAGACCCCACCUCUGACCCCUUCCCGCUUCUUGCAUGUACCCUACAGACCAACCAAACGGGGAAGCAACCAACGAAGCAAGCAACGAACCACAACGAACGAACCACAAGGAACCAACGAACCAACCAAGGGAACCAGCCAGAGGAACCAACCAAGGGAACCACCCAAGGGAACCAACGAAGGGAACCAACCAAGGGAACCAGCCAGGGAACCAACCAAGGAGAAGGAACCAGAACCAACGAACCACAACCAAGAAAACCAACCAAGGGAACCAGCCAAAGGACCAACCAAGGAGCCAACCAAGGAACCAAACAAGGGAACCAGCCAGGGAACCAACCACCGAAAAAAUGGAAACAAGAUCGAAAAAAUGCGAACAAUACAAGAUCGAAGGCAUCGACGUGCUUGGUGCCGCUCGUCACUCGUCCAUGUAAAUGAGCACCCGCCCGCGUCGCUCGUUGUGAGAGCAGACUCGUCGCAAGCUCUCCGCCCUCGUUGUGCGUGCCCCUCUCUCCCUCGUCACUCGUUGCAUCUCACAAGCCCGCAGCGGGUCGGCAGGUCUUUCCUAACUCGUUGCGAAGCCAUCCGAACGAAAGGCGUCACGACUCUAACCCUCGUCAACUCUUCGAAAAUGGAAGACACUACCAAGACACAACGCCACUUGGCGGCUCUCCUCCGUGAAGUCUGAAGCCUUCAGGGGUUAAAAGUGCGAACUUCACAGAAAGCCUACACAGAUGGCACUCCUCUCGUCUCUCGUCCUUCUCUCGUCGUUCGCUGCCUACCACAGAAGGAACAAGCAAGGAGACCGAGGUGUAUAAUGAAAAGAAACCGACAAGAAAGGCCGCCUGGCAACGAAGAGAAUAAAGAAACCGACAAGAACAGCCAUCAAGCAGCAAAGGGAUGCCGGCUGUCGCUUUCGACAUGCUGGGCGCAUCUCGUCGCCCGUGCUUUCUUCUCUCGUCCCUCGUUCUUCUCUCGUCGCUCGUUGCCCGUCACAGAAGAAACAAGAAGGCCGGGGUGCAUAAUGAAAAGAAACCGACAAGAAACGACACCCGGCAUCGAAGAGAAGGGGGCGGUGUCUGACUUGGGCGACCGAUUUAACGGGGGUGCUAUACAGAUCGCCACCUUCCCCCUGUGGGUGAAGCUGGUGGGCGCAUCUCGUCGCCCGUGCCUUCUUCUCUUGUCCCUCGUUCUUCUCUCGUCGCUCGUUGCCCGUCAAAGAAGGAGGAAGAAGGCCAGGGAGCACAGUGAAAAGAAACCGACAAGAAACGCCACCCGGAAACGAAGAGAAGGGGGCGGCGUCUGGCUUGGGCGACCGAUUUGGCGUGUGUUCUAUACAGAUCGGGGCAGGCGAGUGUCCCCCUUCUUUCGGCUCUUUUUGCCGUUAUCUUCCCCCUGUGGAUGGGUAUGCCAGAGGCGACCACGUCACGGCUGGGCGCUUCUCGUCGCUUGUUCUGCUCUCGUCGCUCGUUCUGCUCUCGGUCUUGUUCUUCUCUCGUUCCUCGUUCUGCUCUCCUCGCUCUUCCACCACUGUGCUGCCCACAGAUCCAUCCACAGGGGGGGGGCCUCCCUCCCUGGUACGUGUAUACAUAGUUAUGCCCCCUUGUUGGAUAUUGAGCAUUUUAUCCUCUACUUUAUCCCCCCAGAUACCGACUUGGUAAACUUGGGAGAUCUGUGUGACAAUGGGCCUGGUUGUAUUCGCGUACAGCAGUCUUUUCGGCGAGCGAUGGAAGAUUACAAUUAUGGGACCGAAUUGAGGCUGGCGAUAUUUUAGAAUUGAGAUUGACGACGUGGCUCUUUCUGAACAAGGAAGACAAAUUGGUAUAGGUAUUACUGUAGUAAAAUCAGUAUUAGUUUUCUGUGUUGGUGGACCAGGCAAGGCAAUACGGUGGGGCAAGACGCACGGGCAUUAAUACUUACGACAGAACUGCUUCUCUGCUAAUCAUCUGAUCUUGCG